GGCACCCGAAGUUGAAGAGGACAUCGUCGAGGAGGGCGGCCUGUCGGAGCCACUGAAAGAGCGCCGGUCCAAGGCCGCCAGGGACCGCGCCCCGCCCAGUGACACCGACACGCGGACGGGCGAGGUUCCGUCGACUGAGGCGGUGAUGCGAGCGGACGGGGCGACCGAGUCGCGUCAUCCGCCGCCGUCUUCAUUGACCUUCACUGAGCUCCACACGGCGCUUGGCGAGGCGCAUGUGGCGGAGAUUAAGCGGCUGACCGCGCUUGUGGAGGAGGCGGCGCAGAAGAACCGGAAGCUGAUUGCCCUGGGCACAGAGGCGCAGGCAAAGGCUCUUGCCGAGGCUCGGGAAGGGUUCGUCAAGGAGUCCUUCUACCGUGAAGCCGAGUUCCGGGCGCAGCAGGCCGAAGAGGCCCGGAAAAGGGCGAAAGCGGAGGUGGCGGAAUUGACGAAGGUCCUGGAGCAGAAGGCGUAG